CUCCUGCAUUGGCAUCAGAUUUGCCAGAACAUAUGCAGGAAACUAGAUAGAAGGGCAUGCUUCAACGUACCAAGUAUAACCGCUUCAGGAAUGAUUCAGUGACAUCAGUUGAUGAUCUUAUUCACAAUUUGUCCAUGAACAGCAAAAUCUCAGCAGUUGCUACAACUUCGGCAGCACCUUCAUACCUGGUCACCCCAGAGGUUCUCCGCAAGGACCAAGAAGAUGGACCCACCACUCUGUGCACCCUCAUCCAUAAAGUGUCCCACUUGAAAUUCUCUAAUACAGGCAGCCUUUUGGGUAUCAAAAACCUGUCCUCUGCAGUGAAGGAGCUUGCGGUCUCCAAGUUACAGGGAAGCUCGAGUGCUUCUAGCUCAGCAGCAGAAGCUUUUAACAACACAUGUAACCUUGUCUCUGCCACUUCGUGUUCGCAGCAGGACAUGAGCAAGAUGAAUAUGGGGAGAAAAACACAGUCAGAGGAAAUGCGCCCAGGAGAUGAAGACUGGAAUCAAAGGAGCAGCAUUGUCGAUAAACCCUCUCAAGGAUGGCUGCACUUGAGUGAGAAGAUCCUGGGACCUGGUGUGACCUACACUGUGAAGUACUUGGGGUGUAUAGAAGUCUUGCGUUCAAUGAGAUCUCUUGACUUCAAUACUAGAGCACAAAUUACAAGGGAAGCAAUCAGUCGUGUUUGUGAAGCUGUGCCUGGUGCCAAAGGAGCCUCCAAGAAACGAAAGACACCAAACAAAGUUCUGUCCAGCAUCUUGGGAAAGAGCAAUCUUCAGUUUGCAGGAAUGAGCAUAAUGCUGAAUAUUUCUAUUGCAAGCUUAAACCUUAUGACUCCUGAUAUGAAACAGAUCAUAGCAAAUCACCAUAUGCAGUCUAUCUCUUUUGCAUCUGGAGGUGAUCCGGAUACAACUGACUAUGUUGCAUAUGUAGCUAAAGAUCCUGUUAAUCGGAGAGCUUGUCAUAUACUGGAAUGCUGUAAUGGCCUUGCCCAGGAUGUCAUCAGCACCAUUGGGCAAGCAUUUGAGCUUCGAUUUAAGCAAUACUUGCGGUACCCCUCUAAGAUACCUACUUUCCAUGAUAGGAUGCAGAGUUUUGAUGAGCCAUUGAUAGAGGAAGAGAGUGGAACAGCAGAACAUCCCUAUUAUAAUAAUAUCCCAAAUAAAAUGCCCCCUCCUGGUGGCUUCAUUGAUGCCAGACUCAAAGCAAAGAUCCCCACCGCUGCAGACACAGCUCAGUUUGCAGCAGGAAUAAGAAGAGAGAAAAUCUAUUACCAGAAUCAUCACUUAGGAGACAAAUUCAAUGAAGACUGGCAUCAGGAGCAAGGAUUACCGGUUAUUUAUGGUAUGCCAAAAGGGAAAUCACAAGCAGCCACAACAGCAGAGAUGCCAACGUAUGUGAACACACAGCAUAUAAAUAUGGAAACUCUAUUGGCACUUCAGGCAGAUGCUGAAAGUGACAUCAGUGGAAACACAGAUAGUACCAAAGAGAGCAGCCCAGGAAAGGAUCUGUUUGACAUGAAACCAUUUGAAGAUGCCCUCAAGAACCAAACAUCUGAGUCCGUGCCGAGUAAAUUGACUUCUGUUGAAUGUACUAGUCCUCUCUUAUGUAGAACUGCUGACUGGACUAGAACAGAAGAGUUGAGUAUAGAGCCAUGGUAUCAAGGAGAGAUGAGUAGGAAAGAAGCUGAACAGCUGUUAAAGAAAUGUGGAGACUUCCUUGUGAGAAAGAGCACCACAAAUGCAGGUUCUUAUGUGUUGACAGGCAUGCAAAAUGGACAAGCCAAACACCUUCUUUUGGUGGAUCCAGAAGGAACUGUUCGUACAAAAGAUCGUGUCUUUGACAGCAUAAGUCAUCUCAUCAAUCAUCACCUCGAGAAUAAUUUGCCAAUAGUUUCUUCUGGGAGUGAACUCUGCUUGCAGCAGCCUGCUGAGAGGAAAUACUGAGUUUAGAUAAUUAUUUCAGUUUUUGUAACUUGCAAGCUACAACUGGUGAAAACUGCAGAUCGCAAAAUGUAUGUUAAAAAAAAAAAAAAAAAGUAUAUUCCCCUAUAUUUCACCAGUAUAUUUUCUUUAGUUUUAAUAAACCCUCUUUCACAUGGCACACUUGAAAAUUCUCAAUGCUUUAUGUGGACAUGAAGCCACAAUAGAAGGCUUUCUGAAAAAGUAAUUUCAAUAAAAUUGUUCUGAUUCUCUAUUGUGAAUAUUAAGUGUAUAUAUAUACACAUUAUACAUAAACACAAUAUAUACUUAUAUUUUUCAAGUCAGUCUGUUAAUGGUAUAGGACUAAUCUUCUGUGACACGUGUUUUUAACUGAAGAAAAUUAAUUGUCAGUUGUGAUUGUUCAUGUAAAAACAGAAUACAGCAGUCUCAAUUUCUGAAGAAAAAAAAAAAAAAGCAUCUUAUUUAUGAUUUUAUCUAAGAAGCACAACUAUGGGGAUAACCAUUGGAUCACACUGCUUAAAUACUAUGUAAGGAGAGUGAAUUCAGCAACUUGUACUCCAACUCAGAAUUUUAACAUAAAAGGAUUUUUAAAAGUGUUAUUCAGUGUCAUCAAUAUUAAAAGCAUUUUAUCUUUCUGAUGUCAAGUCUGAAUUAUUGUAUGAUACUACUCAAAGCAUUUAUAUCUAGCUUUAACUAUGAUCUGGU